GAUCGUAUAUAAUACAUUAUAAAUAUUGUCCUUCAUCCUACAUCGUCUGCUAUUUACUUGUAGCGAGAGUAGCUUCCCUUAUAACCGGAAGUAAACAACAGGUUGGCUUGGUGUCUCAACGCUUGCAUCCAUACCUUUGAUCCGUUGCAGGAAAAAGAAUGGCUGUUUGCUUUACAGAUGAAGAUUUUGUUAAAGCUUGUUUGGAACUUGAUCAACCUCAAGUUGAUGGUUGGGAAUUUUUUGUUUCAUCACAUGGUGUUACAAUCUACAGACUCUACAAUGAGGUAUCAGGACUCUAUGAGUACAAAAUCUUUGGUGUGCUGGAAGAUAUCCUGCCAGAGAUAUGUGCUGAAGUCUACAUGGACACUGAGUAUCGUAAACAGUGGGAUAGUUAUGUGAAUGAGCUGUAUGAGACAGAAGUAGAUGGAAAAAAGUUUGUGUACUGGAAUGUCAACUUUCCAUUUCCAUUGUGGAACAGAGAUUAUGUCUAUAAACGUGAGCUGCGAGUCUUAGAGCGCCAGGGGAAAAAGGUGUGGGUUGUAUUGGCUGAGAGUGAAUCCACACCUAGCAUACCAGAGAAGUCAGGGGUAGUGCGAGUUGAUGACUAUAAACAGUGUGCUGCGCUCACUUCAGAUGGCAAAGUUGGCACAAAGGCCUACAUGAAGUACUAUGAUAACCCUAAAGGCAACAUUCCAAAGUGGUUGAUCAACUGGGCUGCCAAGACUGGGUUCCACAGUUUUUGUCAACGAUGCAGAGUGCUUGCAGGGGCUAUCCUGACUACCUCUCAUGCAAGAAUACGGGCAGUAUAGCACAAUGAACUUAGUUCCACUAUAUUUUAUAAACUUUUAAAUACCUUCUUUUAAAAUGGGUACAUCACUUCUACUCACAACAGCAAAUGGUAAAGCAGAUACUACGUACGUCUUCUUUUUCACCAACUUGUUAGAAUGGUAGCCAUCAAGUGUUUUCCCCAAGAUGCCUUCAGGAUUUGAGUAGUCUGCUUUUGUGAGGUCAUGGUGUUUUCAAAGUGAAUGAUAUUGUUGAGAAUUUUAGAUACCUAGGUCAACGAAAAUAUGUCUAAAUGUCAUUUCUAGAGAGCAGCAGACUGUUCACUGGUAUAUUUCUGGUACAAAUGCUACUAAACUUGGGUACAUAUUUAUAGCAAAGUCUUGAACUGGCUGUAUUUUGUAGUUAUUAACUUACAUCAUAGUAAUAGACUCUUUAAAUGUGAUGUACUUUUUUCUCUUUUUACAGGGAGUUGAACAUAUAUUUUUGCUUUUUGUCUGUGAUAUUUCUUAAUGUGCUGCAGGCUACAUUGUUGACCAGACCUCAAUGAACACAAAAAUCAGGUGUGCACAUGAGAGCUUUUUUUUACCCAUUUGUUGAUUUAGGAGAGCAACAGCCUGGGACCAUCUUUGUAAAAUAAAACUGUAUUUAUAAGCUAUAAGUGUAUUAUUGUACUAAAGUCUUCACACACAUCUGCAUAUGUAUGCAUGGGUGUGGUGAUGUCUAUGUUAGCAAGAAAGAAAAUUUUGGUAUUUUUUAGGAUGUAAAUGCUGUACUUUUGUCAGUGCUAUUUUAUUUUCCAGUGUCAUUUUUUUUUUGGUUUGAAUUGUGGGCUUAACUUAAGUAAAACUAAUCUUUUAAUAUUGAUUAAUGGGUGUUUACUAAUUGGUUGAAAGUAUUUGUUAAAUAAAGGUCCACAAACUCUAUGCAAA